AUAACUUUUGAGAAAGAUAUGUUGACCCAGUUUCAUACUGCCCUCAUGUGAACAGUGCAAGUAUUGAUCUAUCAGUUCUAUAUGUUGAUGUUGGUAUGGGUACACCAGGUCUGAAAUCUAUUGUUAAAAUUCAUUAAAAAUGUGAUUUAAUGUUGCUAAGAUGUCUGAAACACAACUCUUGUUUAAAUAAAGAAAAGGUUUGAUCCUAAUCCUGAGCAGAUCACCUCUGCCAAAGAUCAAACAUCAAAGAUGACAACAACAGCUCCAAAGCGAGUGUCACCCUGUGGCAGCUGAAAUGCGAGACCUGACAGAGUCAGAUUGCCUGCUCUUUUGUCAACAAGGUGCUAAAUAAUUUGAGAAAAUACUACCCCUUCACUUUCACUCUUCCCACCAAGUGACAAAUGAGCCAGAGGACCACCUGGUUGCACUCAGUCUGAGUCUUGUUUGCAAUCUGUUUGAGUUUUUACAACCUCAACCUUUGGUAACCUCAGAUAAGGGAAUAUUUGGGACACCAGUGUUGUUGUUUUUUUCUCUCUACUUGCAAAAUAUACCUUACUGAACAUCGGUCUUUUUUUACUCCUUUUCACUUUCAGUCACAACAAACAACAGUACCUUUCAAUCAAUACGGGUUGUGAAAAGGAUCCAGAAUAGGUAAUUCAGCACCUUAAGGCUGUCAUUAAACUUUGAUGAGCGUCUGCCUGGAAUUCUCAACAGCAGCAGUGGUUAUCUUUAGAGGGACGGUGGAUCAUGUAAAGACCAAGAGGGAACAAGCCUGUCCAACUCUUCAGAGGAGCAGAUAAUACAGGAUUAGAAGAAUGGUACGUGAAGGAGCUAUUUAUUUUAGUUUUUAUAGUGAAAUAAGUAAGGCUUCAUGUUUCCUGAUAUGAUUUGUUUCCUGCCUUCUUCCUUACAGUGAGUCAUGCUUUGGUGCAGAUGUGGUGUCCUCCUGGUUCUCUGCGUCUGUCCUGUAGCUUGCAUCACCAUGUCUCCCUGUCCUCCUGGCUGCUGCUGCCCUCGCCCAGGAUUUUUAGUCCUGUGUGAGUCCCUGGGUCUCAGGUCGAUUCCUCGCUCUGUCCCACUGAGCACUUCAGCCCUGUCUGUUGCUAGAAACCAGCUUUGCAACGUGGACCACCUACUGCGGCCCUUCUCUGGCCUGCAGGAGCUUAGCCUCAGUCAUAAUCUGCUGGCCCGCUUCCCUCUUGGCCUGCCUCCCAGUCUGGAGUCCCUGCUGCUGCAGGAAAACCGCAUCACUUACAUCACCUCAGGUGCCCUGAGGCAGCUGGGGAACCUCACUCGCCUGGAUCUGGAGGACAACCGAAUUCGUGCCAUCCAGCCUGGGGCACUUGAGGGUCUCAGCAAGUUGCAGGUCCUGACACUGAAGGGUAAUCAACUGAAAAGGCUUCCUCUGAAUCUCCCGUCCUCACUGACCAACUUGGACCUCUCUGCUAACUGCAUCUCAGCCCUGGACCUGCCCUCGCUGUCCACCCUGGUCAACCUGCAGGUCCUGAAGAUCAACAGCAACUGCCUGUGUUCAGUCCCAGAGAGCGCCUUCGACGGGCUGCCACGUCUCCGGUCUGUGGACCUCACAAACAACCUGUGGGUGUGCGAGUGUGACAUUUUGUACCUUUACCGCUGGCUGCUGAGCGGUCGGCUGAAAAUGGCCACAGACCUGGUGUGCACCGAGCCAGUCCACCUCGCUCACCGUCUGCUUCUCAACCUCUCAGUCAUGGCUAUCUGUCCCCGUGUUCUGAAGCCAAAUGAAAGGACACACCGACUGCAGGCCUCCACAGCUGAGCCUGCAGCACCUGCCUUUAAAAGCUCGCCGGAUAAGAAGAAUAACUCUGAAAGCUCGUCAGAUGGUUUACAGCAAAUGUCAAAAGCUCAAAGCAUUCACAAAGAUGUUUCCAAGACUUGUGUAUUACUUAAGCACUACACUCUAGAGACUCUUAGCUACGAGGACUGCUUGUCCUUAAAUAAAACACAAACUGUAAGUCCUUCCUACUUAACUACCUCUACCCCUGCUGAGGAACAAAGGUGCAGAGACAAUGUCACAGGUCGGUACCCUCAGAUUAACGCAACCUCUGCUGAAGUGACUCAAUCUUUGCUUUCCACAAACAGAGAUGCCCCCCUGCCCACUCCCAACCCACGUCCGUUUACUCAGCAGGACUCUGUGGUCGUCUCUCUGCUGGCUGUCUUGUGUGUAUUAGUUGCACUCCUCAUGUUGGCAGUGUUGCUUGUACUGAAAAAGGUACUUCGGAGCCAACAGAGAGUGGCUCCACUUGAUGGAGCAUCUGGUGGAUGA